AUUUCGCGCCGCGACGCCGAGCGGCAGGUCGCUUCAUCCGCGCCGGCGACUGGUCCAUGCGGGUUCAACGUCGUCGCGCGGGACGACGACGGCGACGAAGAACGGACGCGGAUUAACGGUGACGACGCCACGUGCGAUGACGAUCAUCCGGCAGAGUCCCGCGAGUUAAUCCCGAAACCGACUCGAUCGCCGCGAUUUGAUCGCGAUCGAACGCGCACGUCCGAACGGCCGGACGAUGCUGCGCCUGAGACAGGAGAUUCGCGGGUCGCGCGUCGCGACGCCCGUCCAGGCGGAGACUCCACGUGAGCGCGGCUGUCAUCGGGGACGCGUGCAGGUGCACCUCGGCCGCGCGAAAGUUAUCGCGGGAGUUCGCCGCCUGUGAGGACCUUAUUACCGUCGUGGAUCACCGUCGGGGAUUUACGAUCGAUGCACGCGCGUAUCUAGCUCUGGCAAUUCCGUUGAGAAUCUAUCACGAUCUUCGUGUCUCUCGCCCGGGUGGCGCUCACGAGUCCGCAGCUGAUCGGAUUCUGCGAGACGCGUCAGCCCUGAGCGGAUGAUUAAUCCCUCCAGGGUAUUAAUCGUGGUGCAGUGAGGAUUUCCGUAUCGGAACACUAAACAGGUGCGCGUAGGAAUCAGAGAUCGUUCAUACCAAAGCGUACGAACACAUGCACUGAUCUUUUGAAAGGAAACAUACGUAUCGUAUCCGAACUGUCAACAGAACGGUCACCGUUCUCCAUUCGAUUAACCGAGAACGGAGUUUCCACCGUGAAAAAUAGUGGAAACAUAGUGGAAACGCUAUAUAGUGUGUGGACACGACGCAAACGUAAUUAGGAUUAAUGAAUGUCCAUUGUGCUCGCGACAGUGAGUAUUGGUAACGUUUGACAAGCAAGGAUCGGUAGUGCAGCGAGGUGUUAAAAAUGCUGUGUCGCUGGCUCACCGUCCUAGUACUCGCUGGUUUCUUGCUGCUUAUCGAGGCGAUCGCGGUCAGCCAAGGUACGUUCACUCGCGAGCAGAGAGUCUUGAGCGGAAGUCUCGUUCAAGGGAGUCGCAACGUCAGCGGCGUACCGGCUUUCGAAACGAACGUGCCACGGAAUGUCACUACCGCGGUCGGUCAAACCGCCUUUCUUCACUGCAGAGUUCAUCAGCUGAGUGACAAGGAGGUGUCCUGGAUGCGUAAGCGGGACAUGCAUAUCCUAAGCGCCGGCAUCUCCAUGUACACGUCGGAUCUGAGGUUUCAGGUGAUUCAUCCGGACAAGUCGGAGAACUGGACGUUGCAGAUCAAAUCGCCGCAGGAGCGCGACUCCGGCGUGUACGAGUGCCAGGUCAGCACUGAGCCGAAGAUGUCGCUCAACUACAGCCUCAACGUGAUCGAAGCGCGAGCCAGGAUAAUCGGCCCGCCAGACAUCUACGUGAAGACCGGAAGUCUUUUGACGUUGACGUGUCUGAUGUCGCAAGGUCCCCAUGAUUUGGGAACGGUAGCCUGGUAUCGAGGCAAUGAUGCGGUGGUAACGUCACCGCGAUCAGAAAACGACAUCGACGCAGAACCCCGCAUUGCCGUUGAGACGGAAUGGAGUGACGCCCUCACGUCGAGAUUGAGGAUUACGCAUGCGAAGCCCAGUGACUCCGGAAACUACAGUUGCGUUCCUACCGUGGCGGAGAGAGCGAGUGUCAACGUGCACGUGAUCAAUGGUGAACAUCCGGCCGCCAUGCAACACGGAAACACGGCAGCCGGCUCGCCCAACUCGAAAACGGUCCUGAUGAUGCUCGCCUUCCUUCUGGGUCAACUGAGAUAAUGUGUGCGUGUGUGUAUACGAAGGUGUCAUCCGCGACUCGUAGAACCGAUGAUCGCAUUGCGACACAACUAUCUGAACACCCUUAACGUUAACCCUUCCAGCACAGACUGUCCUGAAUUGAAAUCUCGGUUGGUUUCAUCAUAGCGGUCGAGAACGAAGAAUUGUGAUCAUCAUGAUCGCGCGAAUAAUGUGAGAUUUUCGUCGAAACCCGAAACGAAAAUUUACGAGAUCUGAGGGUUGAUAAUUUCCAACUGUGAUCUUCAUCUGUUUGAAUUAAUCGAUUUCUGAAAAGCAAUUCUCAUUAGAAAAAAAAUAUAUAUAUAUUAUCUCUACGAUACGUAAUAAUCGCGAAUCAGCAUUAUUAUUAACAUUAUUUCUCGUUACAUUUUAUUACAUUUUAUUACAUUUUAUUAUCAUUCUUAUCAUUAUUAUCGACAUUAUCCUUUUAAUUAAUUGUUCAAAUUAUGCGUAAAGUAAUGAGAAUAUGUCGAUUGUAAACCAUGAUUUGUCCAGUUUCGUUUUAACUACUCUAACUGCUCACCGCAGUGAGAAGUUUGGAUCUAAACAGUUGAAUCUCAUUAUCAUACUUUAAUUGCGUCGUAUACGUUAUCACGGAAGUAAAUUCCGUGAUAGGAUUUAUCUCGCUCUUUUUAAUCUGUCGCGGAAACCCUCGUCCCGUUUAUCUUAAAUUUAAGCCGUGGGUUUGACCGCUAGGGUGAGAAAUACGAAGAUAAUCUCUGCGAGACAGCUCGUUCUUACGUAAUAAAGGGGUAGCUUUGUGCCUAAGGGUUAAGCGAAGUACGAGGCAGCCGCAUACACGGUGUCCCAGAACCACGGACUCUGCGACGAAUGUCUGAAUCAAUCUUUCCCGACUGCGAGAAAUUCGAAGCCAAAACUUGUCACAUACUGCUGCAAUUGCAAUAACAGCAUAUUUACAGUCGGACCGUAUGUGUAAAACGUUAAAUAGCUGCGUCAUGUUAACGAGCGGCCUGAGGCGGUUCCGCUUUGCAAGCGUUUCCCAGUAAUUGGCAUGUUGCGUAAUAUUUUCAACAUUAAUUUACGUCCGAAAUUAAUAAUUACAAACACCGUUCAAUAGUCUCCUUAAAUAACAAUCAGAUCUCAUUUAGUUAUACUAAUUGCUCCUAUUUCAUCCGAGCAUUGAUUCUUAAUUAUGUUUUACUUUGAUAUUUUCUAUCUUUUUAGUAUUUACUUGUUUUUAUUGUCUAUAACUUAAUGAUCGGGAUACGAUAAUGAAGUAAUAUCAAUCUGCAAUCACGACAUUGUUAAGUUUAAUAGUUUAAUUUAUAAUAUACACUUUCAUCAUAAAAAGUCACCAGUCAUUGGCGCGACCCAGUAAAUUAGUUACUUUCGCAGGCGACAAAUUUCUUUGCACUCUGCAUUUACACAUAUAGAUGAUAAAAUAAAAUAAGAAAUGAAAGUUUCUGCUAUUCGCGAAUACUUAAUUAGUAAAAUGCGAAACACUGACAAACAUUCGUUUCAUUUAGCUCACGGAUUAGUUUAAUGCGCGACUUAGCAUUGGUGCUACUUAUUAUUAAAGUAAUGGCAAGCGUGUGUAACAAUUCAUGCGAUCACGAGCAGAGCAGUCAGAAAAUUCUUCAUAUCCGCGAGUGACGAGUCAGUGUUAUUCAAGAAUUUUAGCAACGACGGCGUCGACGAGGAGAGUCUUAGCGUUCUUACACAGUUUGUAAUUAGCGACGGUUCUCGUGUUUCACGCACGGGAACGAUCAAACGUAACGUCGUCGCGUGUUGCUGGAAUUUACGAAUAACUGGCGCCGUGAUAUCUACAAGUUUACGGCAGCGAGAUGCAGGUGUAAGAAUUAACGACAAAUUAACGACGGGCGAUGAACAGACAGACAUAAUCGAGCGCGAGCGUCGCUGAGAAGAGGAGGGCGAGCGAGCUGAUGAAACGGACUUGCGUCCCGUGCCUCGAAUGAAUUUCGUGAGAGAGGAAAGUGUUAAGUGUAACAUAAAUGUGUCACGAGAGCAAAUUUAACCCCGUGGAGCGAUGUAAUAAAACUAAGCGUGGAUCGGUCCUAUCCCCGUGACCGCACCGCGGCGAAGGUACUUUCUACUUACGGCAUAAGUGUUAAACGAAACUUAAAGGAAACAGAGAAGACACGCGCGUACAUGCGUGUACACGUACAUACAUACACAGACACGUACACAUACACGUACCCAGGUACAGAUAAUAGUAGAGAAAUGUAUGUAAACCACGCGACUUUGCGACUCGUAUGAUUUACACCCACGGCUAACCGGAUGGAAACUGUGUUCCCCACCCACUCACCCACCCACAUCCUUUUCACGAUCUUGUUUUCACACGAUUCUCUUGCGAGAAAGCGCAUUCUUGUACAUAAUGUUUUACUCUUGUAAAUAAAAAUUACCCACGCAA